AUGCUACCACUGUGGGCGGCCAGCAUCACGCUCAUCGCGGUCGCGUCUCACAACUUCACCUUCGCCAUCAUCCAGCAGGCGCGCACCGUGGACCGCCACCUCACCCCGCAGAUCCCGCCCGCCAAAAAUGAUCAUCUUCAAUUCUUCACCACGCUCACGAUGCUCUUCAGCGUCACCCUCGCGCUCUACGACCGUGUCUUCGCCCCCGUCGCGCGCCGUUACACCGUGCGGCGGUCGGGCAUCACCUAG